GUUUCCAGCAAGGCCACUCAGAAGACCCCCGCUUGACUAAAGCAAUGGAGGGCGGCCCAGCUGUCUGCUGCCAGGAUCCUCGGGCAGAGCUGGUAGAACGGGUAGCAGCCAUUGAUGUGACCCACUUGGAAGAAGCAGAUGGUGGCCCAGAGCCCACUAGAAACGGUGUGGACCCUCCGCCACGGGCCAGAGCCGCCUCUGUCAUCCCUGGCAGUGCUUCAAGACUGCUCCCCGCCCGGCCUAGCCUCUCCGCUCGGAAGCUUUCCCUGCAGGAGCGGCCGGCAGGAAGCUGUCUGGGGGCACAGGCUGGGCCUUAUGCCACGGGGCCUGCCAGCCACAUCUCCCCACGGGCCUGGCGGAGGCCCACCAUCGAGUCCCACCACGUGGCCAUCUCAGAUGCAGAGGACUGUGUUCAGCUGAACCAGUACAAGCUGCAGAGUGAGAUUGGCAAGGGCGCCUAUGGUGUGGUGAGGCUGGCCUACAAUGAAAGUGAAGACAGACACUACGCAAUGAAAGUCCUUUCCAAAAAGAAAUUACUGAAGCAAUAUGGCUUUCCACGUCGCCCUCCCCCAAGAGGGUCCCAGGCUGCCCAGGGAGGACCUGCCAAGCAGCUGCUGCCCCUGGAGCGGGUGUACCAGGAGAUUGCCAUCCUGAAGAAGCUGGACCACGUGAAUGUAGUCAAACUGAUCGAGGUCCUGGAUGACCCAGCUGAGGACAAUCUCUAUUUGGUGUUUGACCUCCUGAGAAAGGGUCCCGUCAUGGAAGUGCCCUGCGACAAGCCCUUCUCGGAGGAGCAAGCUCGCCUCUACCUGCGGGACGUCAUCCUGGGCCUCGAGUACUUGCACUGCCAGAAGAUCGUCCACAGGGACAUCAAGCCGUCCAACCUGCUCCUGGGGGACGAUGGGCACGUGAAGAUCGCCGACUUCGGCGUCAGCAACCAGUUUGAGGGGAACGACGCUCAGCUGUCCAGCACGGCUGGGACGCCAGCCUUCAUGGCCCCCGAGGCCAUUUCUGACUCCGGCCAGAGCUUCAGUGGGAAGGCCUUGGACGUGUGGGCCACCGGCGUCACAUUGUACUGCUUUGUCUAUGGGAAGUGCCCGUUCAUCGACGAUUACAUCCUGGCGCUCCACAGGAAGAUCAAGAAUGAGCCCGUGGUGUUUCCGGAGGACCUGGCCUGCAGACCCUUCGUGGGCCGGCCCCGGCCCCUCCUCAUGCAGCAGCGGCCCCUGCCAUCCCAGGAACUGGCCGCCAGCUGCCGGCCCUCUAUCCUGGUGAAGUCCAUGCUGAGGAAGCGUUCCUUUGGGAAUCCGUUUGAACCCCAAGCACGAAGGGAAGAGCGCUCCAUGUCUGCUCCAGGGAACUUACUGCUGAAAGAAGGGUGUGGCGAAGGGGGCAAGAGCCCAGAGCUCCCCGGCGUCCAGGAAGACGAGGCUGCCUCCUGAGCCCCUGCAUGCGCCCAGGGCCGCCCGGCAGCACCUCAUCCUGCGCCUCCAGAGGCCCGUCGCCCUCAUGCCACAGCCGUCCCCUCGGGCAGGGGGCCAGGGACUGCGCCCCUCUCCCGCCCCUCCCCCCAUCGUGCUGCAUGACCUCCACGCACGCACGUCCAGGGACAGGACUGGAAUGUAUGUCAUUUGGGGUCUUGGGGCAGCACUCCCACGAGGCCUUCCCCCUCCUCCUGGCUGUCCUUGGCCCGACCCAUUCUGUGGGGAAACCAGGCACCCAUGGAGCUUUAGAAAGCCCACCCGGCUGGUUGGCAUGGCCCAGGGCAUGAGGCAGAGGCAAGAGACCAAUGGUGACCAGUGUUGUCAGGAUGGAUGGAGACACUCGAGUGAGGGAAGGCAGGUGGAGGCCUGGCGUACUGCAACCGAAGAGACCUCCCGCUGGGCCGGGCCGGCCUGGCUCAGCUGCCACAGGCAUACAGUGGGGGGGACCCCGCCCACCUUGGGGUGGUGGCGCCAGGGCUGUGGUCUACUCAGACACUGGUGUGAGGGCCCGGAGCCCGCACUGGGGAGAGGGCCGGCGUUGGAGAAUUCAGGUUCCUUUUGUGUUGUCAUUUACUUUUGUUUUUAACCUGGGGGUUCGGGGAGGAGGCCUGCUAGGGUGCAUCUCACGAGCGUUCCGCCAGCGCUGGUGGCUCCCAGCACACCCACCGUGAUGUGGCAGCCGAGCGGACGGAACUAACUUUCCUGGACUGUGUUUUGUAUUCGGCAUUAUCUGGAAAGUGGGCUGAAGGGAGUCAGGCUCUGAGCAGAGGACUGGAGCAGAAGCGCAGCGUCAUUCCCGCCCGUCUCCCUCCCUCCCUUGAUGGCUCCCCAGAGAUGAGGCUGCAGAAGACACCAGGGCCGGCUUUGACUGAGGGCCGGGGACUCGACAGGCCUGUGGGCUUGCACAUGCUGAAAUGACUGGAACCCAGUCUCUGUCCUACGCUGGCCCACCCAUCUGGCCCCAAGAGCUGCACUCACAGCCCUACCGUGAAGGACAAGCUGUCCAGGUUGUAGGGAUCACUAGACACACAGCCUGGAGGGGUGUGCGUGCCAGCAGGUGGCCUCUGCGGCAAGGACGUCACCCUGAGGACAUCAGCAGUCAGCCUGCUCAGAGCGGGGGUGCUGGAGCGCUCGAGCAGGCACAGCUCUUCCAGAACAGGCUUCACCUUCUCUCUGGGAUCGGCGUCUGGCUGGCCGGCUUGGUCUUUGCUGACCAAAUGCCCAUAGAGGUUGACCCCCCCAGGGAGAUCACACAGGACUUGGACAUUGCCCUGGAAACAUGGGCUGGACAAGGGCUUUUGGGUGCAGGUGUGGGUUUCCUAUGGGAGGAGGGCUUGUUUGGAGAAGGGAGGCUGGCUGGGGGAGAAGCCGGCUGCCACCGCAUCGCCGUGCCUGUGGGUGUAUGUCGCCUCACGCCCACGCAUGUGCGUGCCCCUCUGCCGCACGCAACGCACCCGCAUGCCUUGCACCGUUCCAUGCAUCUGUAAUGCCGUUUCCACGUCUGUUUCAGGCUGGGAGCAGAAUGCGGCCACUUGUCAGUGGGUCUGCGUUUCCCCGGCUCGUCUGUGCUAAGGCAGUGUGGCCCAGGGCUUAGAAAGCCGUUGUUACUGUUUAGAAGAACACUUUUAUGGAGUUCAUGGAGCAAGUGAAGAGCCAGCCACUGAGCCACAGGGGUUUCUUGAGCAUCUCUGUGAGCAUCUGGUUUCGGGGGACCGCGCCGAUUGGACCCACCCUUGGAAAGCUCGGGGGUGGGCCCAGUUGGGAUGUUCACCCCGCCACGGAGGGUUUUGGUUGGCAUUGUUUUUGAGGGUAGCACAAGCAAUGAGCAAACUCCAUAAGAGUGUUUUAAAAAUUAACUUCCCAGGAAGUGAGUUAAAAACAAUAAAAGCCCUUUCUUGAGUUAAAAAA